GUAGUGGUCCGCGCCCCAUAGCCGCGACAACUUUACUAUUUUGAGUUCUAAUAUUUGCAGCGCAUCCAUUUUAUCUCGCGCGAAAAAGCUCAGCAAGUGAAUUCAAUUUUUACACAUUUUCAAUAAUUGUAUUGACCGUCCGAAAUAUUAUUAUCAAUUUUUCAGUGUUUUUACUAUUUAUUAUUAUGAAUUUAAUAUCAUUUUAAUUAUUAAAAUUUUUUAAUUAAUCGUGCACAUGAAAACCAAAAAUUAUACUUAACAUUAUUAGUAGCAGUGGAAUGUUUCAAUAAAAAUUCUAAACUUUGGAUAAAAAAGUGGAUACAACUCCGAGCUUGCAAAGAACGUUGACUGUUGAAUGAUAAAAGGAGAGGCUGGACACACUCAUGCUCUAGUAAAAGCUUUUUUGAACGGUGGUUGAGAGGUUUCAGCCGCACAAUGUGGAGUCUAAUCGUUGGGGCAAUUUUGCUGGUAAUAAGUGCCACGGUAAACGCUAAAGUUGCCGUUUUGCCUCACGAUGUUUAUCCAGGAUUCCAAGUUAUGCACUUUCAAGGUUCUAAAAGACAUGCAUCGAACUACCGUCUUCUUGAGACGGGCUACUCCAAGUAUUUUACAGUUUUGGAAGAUGGAAUGAUGAUAACCACGUCAGAUUUAACCCCUUUAGUCAAUCGAUCUGUAAACUUAAUCGUCUUGGAACAUUUACUAAAUGGAACUCAAACUCAUGAUGUUCAUAUUUUUGUAAUAAAUCGUGGCAAUAUGCUAACAUUUUCUACUGAAGAGCUCGGGCAUGGUAAAGUAAGGGAAAAUUCACAGCCGGGUACAGUAGUGGAUGGUUUCCCACUUCUUCAUGCAGAUGGUAAUUUUCCUGUGCAUUAUGUCAUACAAUCAGAUGAUUAUGCUUUUGCUCUUAUGGAAACAACUGGUGCUACCAUUGGAUACAACCUCACACUAAAAGAUCCCAAUCAAAAAGUUCAAGUUGUAACAGCUAAAACGAUAGAUAGAGAGCUAAAACACACGUAUAAAGUUAAUAUUAAUGCCUAUGAUGGAUCUUUUAUCAGUACAGCGAAAAUUAAUGGAGUCGUUACCAUCAUAGAUGAAAAUGAUAACAGUCCAUUGUUCGAUAAAGAAGAGUAUAUCUUUGAAGUAAGACCUACAAACAUUAAGACAUUAGAGAAAGAUGGAGUUCCUAAAUGGCGAAGGUUUGAAACAGUUGGAAAAGUAUCUGCGAAGGAUGCUGACGGUGAUAAAGUUGCUUACAAACUGAUUACACCCACGAACUUACUUAUUAUUAUUCCACAAACUGGAGAACUUGUUCUAGUUGAUGAGCCGGAGGCUACCAUUGAUAAAGACAGUGAGGUUGAGGUCAUGAUUGAAGCACAUGACAUUCGGACACCAAGUAAAGGAACGUUGAGACCUGCCAGAGUCGUUGUCAGAUUCCUUACGACAGAUUUUUAUGAAAUGGUAGAGGAAAAUGACCUGGAUAUGGAAGAAGAAGUGCCGCAAGUUCAUCACAUUCAGAAAAGAAGAGUUACCAGAGCGGUUAGACCAACUAAAAAAGUUGAAUUUUGGGAGUCUGAAGGUGAUGUUAAAGGUAAAACGGUAUUUUCUUUGGAGAAAGAAACGGAAAAAGAGACCUACAAGAUUAGGGAUGAAAACAGAUGGGUUACUGUUGAGGAAAAUGGAGCUGUUAAAGUAAAAGAAAAAUGGGAUUAUGAGGCGCUUGGUCUUGAAAAAACUAUUGAUUUUUGGGUGACUAUCAAUAAUGCAAAACUCCAAUAUACGGACAAUCAGCGUGUAAUAAUAAAUCUUAAGGAUGUCAAUGAUGAGCCACCAUAUUUUAUUAAUAAACCUCUUCCUAUGCAAGCAGUGGUGCAACUAAAUGCGCCCCCUAAUACUCAUGUAUUUACUCUUCAAGCCCGAGAUCCUGAUACUGAUCAUAAUAUCCAUUACUUCAUUGUACGAGAUCGAACUGGUGGCCGGUUUGAGGUCGACGAACGUUCAGGUGUUGUGCGUACCAGGGGAGCAGAUGUUUUUCAAUUAGACAUGGAGUACGUACUGUAUGUAAAAGCUGAAGAUCAAAAUGGUCGAAUUGAUGAAAAACACUAUCAAUCUACUCCUGAAGAGCGACUAUCAAUUGUUGGUGGAAAAAGAGCGCCACAAUUCUACCUCACAAACUAUGAAACUGAAAUUCCAGAAAACCAGAAAAAAGAUACAGACAUCAUAUCUGUAAAAGCCAAAUCUUUUGCUGAUCGUGAAAUCCGGUAUACAUUGAAAGCCCAAAGUCAAGGAGCCGCUGGUACCUUUAAUAUUGGCCCAACAUCAGGAAUUGUUAAGCUUGCUAAAGAAUUAGAUUUUGAAGAUGUCAGACAGCCUCAUGUUUACACGCUUGUUGUUACGGCGACUGAAGAUUCUGGCGGGUUUUCAACUUCUGUCGAGCUGACAAUUAGAGUAACAGAUGUCAAUGAUAAUGCACCAAAGUUUGAACUACCUGACUAUCAAGCUCAUAAUGUCGAUGAAGACAUUCCACUUGGUACUAGUAUUCUCAAAGUAAAAGCCACAGAUGCAGAUUCCGGAGCAAAUGCAGACAUUGAAUAUCAUGUAUCAGACGAUCAUUUUAGCGUGGAUUCCAGUGGUCUUAUUGUUAAUAAUAAACAAUUAGAUGCAGAUAAUAACAAUGCUUAUUAUGAAUUUGUUGUUGAGGCUAAAGAUAAGGGUGUUCCAUCAAAAGCUGGUACAGCUACUGUAAGAAUUUAUACAAAAAAUAAGAACGAUGAAGAGCCAAAGUUUUCACAACAAGUAUACACGCCAAAUGUGGACGAGAACGCCGGGCCUAACACCUUGGUGACGACCGUUGUCGCGUCAGAUAAAGACGGUGAUAACGUACGCUUCGGUUUUGUUGGAGGCACCACCUCAUCCGGGCAGUUCGUCAUCGAGGAGAUAACCGGCGUUAUUCGUCUGCAAGGCGAUAAAAUUUCUCUUGAACGUGACAAAUACGAACUUAAUGUUACUGCAAUGGAUGAUGGAGCUUGUUGUCCUGAUGGAAAGAAUAACAUUCACACAAGUACAGCUGUUGUCGUUGUAUUUAUCACCGAUGUCAACGAUAAUAAACCAGUUUUUAAGGAUUGUGGCAGUUAUUCACCGAAAGUUGAAGAAGGUGCGCCAAAUGGUAGUCCAGUAAUUAAAGUUCAAGCGACUGAUGAAGAUAAAGGAGUUAAUGGUCAAGUCAAGUAUUCCAUAGUUCAACAACCCAAUCAAAAGGCCAAUAAGUUUACUGUUGAUGAAGAAACUGGUCAAGUCUCUACGAACAAAGUAUUUGAUCGUGAAGGUGAUGAUGGAAAAUUCGUAUCAGUAACUGUUAAAGCAACGGAUCAGGGUGAACCCUCUUUGGAAGGCGUGUGCUCCUUUACAGUUGAGAUAACAGAUGUUAAUGAUAAUCCGCCUCUUUUUGACCGACAGAAAUACGUCGAGAAUGUAAAGCAAGAUGCCAGCAUAGGUACUAAUAUUUUGAGAGUAUCAGCAUCUGAUGAAGACGCUGAUAACAACGGUGCAAUAGUUUAUUCUCUGUCGUCACCAAAUAAUGGACAAGAUUUGGAGUAUUUUGAAAUCCAGUCAGAAUCUGGUUGGAUUGUAUUAAAAAAGGCACUAGACUAAUAUUCACAGUGUCGAUCUCUGGAAUUCGUGAGCGCUGGUGAUGUAUAAUAGAGAGCAAUCGCACAGAGAUGAAGUUGAAAAAAAUUUGUAUAAAAUCGGAUGCUUGACAUAUAUAAAUAUGGAUUGUAAAUAUUUGUAACAUAAUUGGCUUGUAUAUUUCUGUCUUAAUUACACGCUUGUAAUAUAUCUUUAUAAUGUAUCAUACUUUGCGCUUUCGCAUUCCAGAAUCGCCUAGAUUGCGUAGAUAUAUUUAAAGUUGAGUGUACACCAUAUAUAUAUAUAUCUGCCGACGUUUAACUAUUUGCGUUAACUUACGUUUUACAACACAAAUCAAUUAUGUUGUUGAUCGGGAAAGACUUUGUAUACUAAUAUAUAUAUUAUUAUAUAUAUCGUUUAAACCGAUAUUCAUUAUUUCUCAUAUCACUAACAUAUAUUUGCAACGAAAUGAGUUUCGUUUUUACGGCACUUGUAUAGAUUUUUAAUUCCCAUUGAUAUGCACAAUGUGUUCACUAUGGUAAAUAAUUAGCUACUGCCUGAAUUCCUUAAAUGCUUCACGUACCUGAAUCGAUCGACCAAUUCGGGCUAAUAUAUUUUUUUAAAAUGAACACACAUUCUCUAUCUCUAUUUUCCACUUUAUAUGAGAUAAAUGCUCGACUGUAUUCAUUUGUGAGCAUCGAUUGGAAUUAUCCAAACUUAUCAAUCCAACCGAGCCAACCAAUUUUUAUCCAAUCGUCAAUUAACGAUAUCUUUAUUUUUCUUUUUAUAUCGUUAUUAUUAUUUCCGUCAAUCCAAUUUACCGAUAUGAUAAUCUCUCUGAUAGUUUUCUUUUUAACCGGCCGGAAAAAUAUAUUUCAUUAUCAUUUUUUUCAUUUUUUAUUAUAAAAUAUUCACCGAUGGGGCUGAGUAGAUCGCGUCAAUGAGCCCUGUAUUUCGAUUGCGUGUAUACAUAAUGAUCUGAAUACCUUACCUUAUUUUAUUUUGUGCAUCUUUUAAUAUUAAUAACAUUUUGCUAGCAAUAAUAAUGAUAAUAAUAAUUCAAUAUAAUAACAACUAAACGGCGUGAAAAUAAUACUAAGAACAAUAAUAAUAAUAACAUUAAUCAUGAUGUGAUGAUAAUAACCAUUGUUUUCUUGUGAUAAAGCUAUACUACUAAUGUUUUUUUCAAAAGGGAAGUGAUGUUUUUUCAACUUCCAGGAGCAGGUGGGAACCAGAAUUUUUGAGCCCCACGUACGGUGUACUUCAACAUCUACGCAUUUUGUGGUGCAUCAGAUAAACGAUUCUUUGAAAAUGCUUGCAUAUUAUAUAUUGAAUGUGUUUUUACAUCCUUUACAGGAAAAAGGAUCGCGCUCUCUCGCUCUUCCUAAUUGCUUCAAUUUAUUAAUUAAUUAAUCCUUAUGUUUAUUAAAAAAAAAUAAUAUGUCUAGUCUGAUUAUCUUAAUUUCUAUCUUAAUCAUCUUUCUUCUUUCUGUUUAUUAUUUUUCUUCUCAUCUGUAUAUGACUUCCUUAACAUUUCAUAGCAUAAUGUAAAUAAUUUAUUUUUGCAUUACAUAUAAUUAUUUUGCUCUCUCUCUUUCUCUUUAUAAAUUAUUAUCAGUUUAAUUUUAUUAAUUUUUUUUUGUUUUUCAUAAGAUUACUAUAAUUAUUAACUUCGCAAAAAAAAUCGUUAUUAAUAAGUUUUUGUGAUUAGUGUGCAUCGCGGUGCGACAUAGGGAACGAUAAUAAUUAAUAAACAGAAAAGAAACAAUGAAAGGUUUAUAUUAAAGAAAGAAAAAAAAAACGGAAUUCGUGGUGUGACAUUUUUUCUUCUGUGAUUGGGGCGGCAUACCGUAAUGCGUGUACGAGACAGGCAAAACGUAGAAAAACUCAAUCGAUGUGAACACCGCACCGGGACACGGCCAUCGUAUGAUUUUUGUUGAGUGCCGCAGCGGUUUCAUCUAAUACAUAUAGAAAAAGGGUCACGCAAUUUCAAUAAGGAAAGUGAACAAAAAAUCAAUUAUCCUUAUUCCUUUUGUUAAUCACUUGUCCUUUUUAAUAUUUCCCUAAUAAUUAAAUUUGUGCAAUCCUUUCUCAAAUGUCCCUAUUUUUCCUACUAUAACAACCCUUUCUAAACGCAUUCUGCUUGCAUGCCGUUGCCUGCAUUUAUUUUAUAUGAAAGAAUACUAAUUUUAUCUUAUUAUUUUUUAUGUUUGUCUUUAUUGCACCAUUUUUUUUCUUCGGAUUUCAUGAUGAACAAAAAAUAAAGGGCUGUGCUCCAGUAAGUAGGUUAUUCUAUUAAUUUUUCUUACACUAAUUUCCUUUUUUACGCGAAUUAUUUCAGUGUAAAUUAAAAAAUUUUUUUUUACUUCAUAUUCUGCGCAAAAAUAUAAUUUAUAUUUUUACAUAAAUUUACCUCUUGGAUAAAAAUAAAUUAAUUUAAUUAAUUUUUCUCUCGUUAUUAUCUGGAAAAAGCAGCGCUCUUAUUUUGAUAUCUUUGUAUAUACUAUUGUUAUAAUUUUUCUCGACUAUUUUUAUUUUUUUAUUUUUUUUGUAAAAAAUUAAUUCAAUAAAUCGCUCGUAUUAUCUAUUAUAAUAUCAGAGCAAUCUAAUGAAUUAUAAAAUAAUUUGAAAUCAAUUUAAUUUCGUUGGAUUUUGUUCAUUUUUUUUUCUUAAUUUUUUUUUAAUUUUAAUUAAUUUUUAAUUACUAUCGUCUCAAUUACGCUCAGCCCGAACUGCGUAGGUAUCCAUCGUGCAAUAUAGCUGUGUAUUAUAAAUACUAUUUACAUAUAUAUAUAUAUAUAAAUAUUUAUAUAUAAAAAACAAAAUCUCUUAUAACAUAACACACUUGAUAAAACAUACAAAAUUCUACAUUUUUAUACAUUUUUAUACACAUCUAUACACAAUAAUAAUGAUAAUAAUACUUGUACAGUAGAAAUUGUAAUGCAGCACAAACAAACAUUUCCGCUAUAAUUAUAAUAAUAUGUAGCAGCACCAGUAAUAUUUGCGUCUUGCCACCAAUAUAUAGUAUAUAUAUAUAUAUAUAUAUAUAUAUAGGAUAUAAUACUUGAUAUAUUCUACAUAUAUAUAAAUAUAUAUAUAUAUCAAUCAUUUUCUUCCUACCGCCGCUUAAACAGAACUGCGGCGUUCACUGUAUACAUACGUUAAUGUAAUAAUUAUUGUAAUAUUCUUAUAUAAACCCGUUUGAGUGUUCCAGAGCUAAGCGAAAUCUGGCUCGUCGAUCGCAGGAUUUUUCAUUUAAAGUCCCACGCGAGGAUACCUACCAGACUUCGGCUUGCGUUUUUUUUUCUAGCUAAACAAAAUUAGUUUAUCGAAUUUGACUAUAACAUAAAAAGAUUUAAAAAAAAAAAAAAAAACAAUUAUAAAAAUUCCGAUAAAAAGAAAAGCUUUUUCUUAAUAGAAAAAUCCCGUGAUUCGAAUUUCAUUUAAUAUUACAGAAUUUAAAAUUACUUUUGAAUUAAUUAAAUUGAACUGAUUGAAAAAAAAAAAUAAAUUCAAAAAAAUUAAAGAAAAAAAAAGAACAACAGCAGCAACAACAACAUUUAAAAUUGGUCCCCAAAAAUUGUCCUGUAACUUGACGGCCCAUGUUUUGCCAAUAGCGAGACAGGUAUCGCCUGAAGGUGCGGGCUUCUGACAAAGGGACAUCAGUCUUGUACGCAGACGUGGACGUUGAAUUAGACGUCGUAGACAGAAACAAUAAACCUCCUCUGUGGGAUCAGAAUGUAUACGGCCCCAUUC